AUGUCGGCAUCGGCGGCAAAAGUGAGUAAAAAGGAGCUGAACUCAAACUAUGACGGCGCGGACGAGACCUCUGGUAAGGAAUGGCGGCCUCCAGUUAACCGCCAUUUUCACUUUUAGUUAUACUGAAAUGUACUACUUGAAAGCAAAUUAGUUCACAGCCAGUAAUUUGUUGUCCUUCUGCUUUUCCAUAUGAGUCUGCCCGGUUCUGGGUGCAGUCUGUAUUGUCUGCCGUGAGUGCGUAGUUCUAGGUUCUACUACGUUAGACCGGUGAUGGAGGCCAUGUUAGCUAACUAACGUUAGCAGCAUUUCAUAGCUAGCUAACGUUAGUUAGCUAAUUGUCUAAUCAAUGGAUGUCCUGUUAAGUAUUUUGUUUAGCUAGUUUAGUCCUUGGUACUGUAAAUGCAAUUGUAAAACAAUUUUUAUAAUAGACAGUGCAUUUUUUCUUAGUUCAUUGAGAAGUAACGUUUUCUAUGUUGAAUGAAACCACCGUGGCCUUGUUACUUUGUUGUUGUGCAAAUCCGCCAUGAAGCUAGCCAGCGAAUGUGAAAUUGGCAACAUAGCUAACUAGCUUAACUUAUAGUUAGUGAGCCGUCGUUUUCGGGAAGUAGGCCAUUGGAAGCAUUAUAUGCGUUGACUCAACAAUGCAGGGUUAGUUAUAAACAAAUAACUUGGGCAUAGUCUCGAUGCAAUGCAGCUAGUUAGCCAGCUGUAAAUCAGUGUUGGGAAAGGAGGCACAGAGUGUAGUGUGCGGACUCCCACUUUUAAACCACGCGGCCCUCCUCGCUGUAGCCAGCAGGAAGAACCGCAGUGUACAAGCUGCUCUGAAAUCGCUAGUUGCAGAGGUGUUGCUAACACUACGCGCACACAUUUCAGUCAUGCAUGGCAAAAAUCAUUUGUUAAAAUUUAUAAUAUUUUCGCCCAUUUUGCACCCCUUUAUUCAGACUGCAAUCGUUACCAGCUCACUCCUACAAAGCUUUUCCAUCAUGGACCUGAGUGAAGCAUGGAGUUCAUGGUCAAUUUCAAAACAAAAGCAUUAGCUCUUAACUUUGGAUAUAGCUACAUCUUUGACUAUUGGCUGGUAAAUGUGCAGGAACUUGGUAGUUACUGUUUAAUGUUGAUGUCUAUCACCACUGCACCGAGAGUCACUAUAAUAUUUUCUGACAUUAUUGCAUUUGUCAUUACAGAAAAAGAGCAACAGGAAGCUAUUGAACACAUCGAUGAAGUUCAAAACGAAAUUGACAGGUAAUCCACUCAAGUGUAUAUGUAUAAACAUUAAAACAAACAUAUGUGUUUGUUUAACCGUGUGACAAUGUGAUUGAUAUGCAGGGGUAUUUCUACCUUAAAAACCUUUGGUAAAAAAACACGCAAAUACAUUUUAGGGAAGGGAAAAACGAUUUCAGUGUAAACUUAAACGACUAAAACCAAAUAUGAAGUAUGUAGAAAAGAGAAUGGACAUAUAAUUGAUUUUGUUAAGUUUGAGCAAAAUAACUUUAGCCAUGGCAAAAUGCAUAGAAUUGCAGGAAAUUAUCUUUAAAAUGAGUGUUCUCUCAGCUACAUGCCAGAACAUGUACAAUUCCCUUGACAUUAGCUUUAAAACUGCACCAUUUUCACUCAGCUCCAUGGCACAGUGUAGAAAUUCACUUUAAAACGGCAAACAUUUCUCUGCUCCAUGGAGAAUUUAAGGAAAUUGACGUAAAAUGCAAAAAAUAUAUAUACACAACGUUCGGAAAAACAGACGCCCACCACCUAAGCCCCCUUUUGAUCCAGGAAAAACCCUGAUAUGCAUGUACAAUCUCUUCUCCACAGACUGAAUGAGCAGGCGAGUGAGGAGAUAUUGAAGGUAGAACAGAAAUACAACAAACUCCGUCAGCCAUUCUUUCAGAAGAGGUCAGAACUGAUUGCCAAAAUCCCAAACUUCUGGGUCACAACAUUCGUCAACCAUCCGCAAGGUGAGUUUCUUUAGUAGGCUCUCAGUUUUUUACCACUGGAACCUAGAAUGCUCAGAUGUUCUGAAUAUGUUUAAAACAUUUUCCCCUACAGUUUCAGCCCUUCUUGGUGAGGAAGAUGAGGAGGCACUUCACUAUCUGACCAGGGUGGAGGUUACAGAGUUUGAAGAUAUCAAGUCAGGCUACAGAAUAGAUUUUGUAAGUGAUGAAGGUUACCAUCAUAUUGCAUUCAUAGGAUAUUGCAUUAUUGGCAGCAAUAUGUCAUAUAUUUAUUGACUUAAAUAAAUUGACUUAUUUUGUGUUCCAGUAUUUUGAUGAAAAUCCAUACUUUGAAAACAAAGUCCUUUCUAAAGAGUUCCAUCUGAACGAGAGUGGAGACCCAUCAUCAAAGUCAACAGAAAUCAAAUGGAAAUCAGGAAAGGUAUUUCACAUCACCUCUUUUCACAUGCAUGGAAAUAUUGGAAAUUCUGUAAAGGUGCAAUAUGCAGAAAUUGCUCUGCUAUUUCCUGGUUGAUACAAUUCUAAUAGUUCGCAUAAUUUCAGUUUGACAAAACAAGCAAUGUGUACCAAUCAUUGUACCAUCUAAACUGCUGUGAAAUAUGUAUUUUCAAUAACCCAACAUUGUAAUUUCAGCUGGUGUACAAAACGAAGAAAAGUAAGAUGCAAAAACUAAACUUAAGAACGGGAAGCAUAGAAAUGGUGCACACAGAACAUAUCUACUGCUUCUAAUACUAGCUUUCAAUGAGAACGACAGAUCUAUAACUCUAACUUCUAUGAAAUUGGUCUGGUCGCCGAAAAAGUUACAUUGCUGCUUUAAAAGCACAUCAUUUGGCAGAAAAGAGUAGGGCACUUUAAAAAGUAUAGUAUUUUUAAUCAUAUAGCUUGUUCUCCAUAUUUUAAAAUAGUGAGCCAACAUGUUUUCGGCAUUUAUUACCCUGACUGAUCAAAACUCGCUUUCUCAUGCUCCCUCUUCAGCAGACAUAUAGUGAGCAAUAUGCUUUGAACAUCAAAUCUCAAUAAUAUCGCAGUAUCGAAUCGCAAUACAUAUCGUAUCGUGAGGUCCCUGGCAAUUCCCAGCCCUAACCUGAAUGUUGUCUGUACCUCAGUGUUCAUAGAUCAUUUUGGUUUUCAUGCCUGGUAGUUGUGGUAAGGGUAUUUUGCUAUGCAAUAAAACUAAUACAAACACACAAGCUGGUUUGUUUUACAUUUUAGUCAUUUAGCAGACGCUCUUAUCCAGAGCGACUAAUCCCUGUGAUGUUGUCUCUGAAGGACCUGACAAAGCGCUCCAGCCAGACACAGAAUAAAGCUGGCAAGAAGAGGCAGCAUGAAGAGCCCGAGAGCUUCUUCACCUGGUUCACUGAUCACUCAGAUGCUGGGGCGGAUGAGCUGGGAGAGGUCAUCAAGGACGACAUCUGGCCAAACCCCCUGCAAUACUACCUGGUAAGUCUCCAAGGCCUAGCACCACUCCCUGUUAUCAAAUGUCUUAACUUUGAAUAGGACUUGCCAUUGUGCAACUUUAUUAUUCAUUCUUUGGAUGCUUUAUUUUGAGUUCAUUUACUGUCAAUGUCACCCAGGAGAUUAAGUCUCCUGUGUAGAUGAAGAAUUUAUAGUUAAAACGUUGGCUAAUUUGAUUGGCAGGUUCCUGACAUGGAUGAUGAGGAGGCAGAAGGUGAAGAUGAUGACGAUGAGGAAGGUCUUGAGGACAUUGAUGAGGAGGGUGAUGAAGAUGAUGGAGAGGAAGAUGAGGAUGACGGAGAUGAUGGGGAGGUAUGCCCUAGAUAAUUGCUUAAUUUCCUCUUAUUAAUGAGCUAUAUUGAAUAGUGAGAUUUGUUUGCAUAGUGCUGAUUUUUUUCUUCCUUUUGUUUAGGAUGAUGAAGGAGAAGAUGACUAA